AUGCACAAAGGUGCCAAGUACGAGAUGUCUCUAGAUUAUCGGCUUAGAGAGGCCUCCUUCUACAAGGAUCAGCUGGACAAAGCAUUGCAUGCGAUUACGCAUGAGAACUCGGCAGCCCUUAGGGAUGCAGUUGAAGACUGUGGCCUUCUGGAUACGAGCUUAGACGACUUGGACUCCAGUGAUUCACCCUGGGAAGUUUCUUCUGAUUCAGAAACGGAACUGCCACCCGAGCAAGGACACUCUCCGUACAUACCAAAGCGCCCUCAUACAGAGGCUCCAACUCUCUCGCUUGGUGUCGCGACUACUGAGGCCUUGCCAUUAGACUCUACCAAAUUCGUCGUCGAAUGUCUCUGGAAACUACCUAUCCGACGUCCUGCGCCAGUUGAUCGAAUGCGGAAGAAAGUUAGUGCAGAUACAUCAGGCUACGUUCCGUUCGAUAUCAUGUAUGUCAAAGAUAAGUAUCCCAACGUUCACGAAAUUGUUGCUCUACGUCUAGCAAAGAUGAUAUCGAGACGCAGGCAGCUUAUCAUGUACCGCAAAGACCAUACAAAAGCCUUACAAUACGAAGAAACGCCGUCAUCAGACACGUUUCAGCUCAGCUACCGUCAUCAACCCAGGACGGAUGGAGGUGAUGGCUUCAGUGAGAUCACUUCCAGUUUCAAAACACCGAGUCAAACCACUGGAAUUACCAAAGCAACGACACUAAAGCCUAGUGCUCUUGUGUCAGCAAUGAAGCCCGUGGUAGGGCUUUACACCCCUUCCAUAUCCACUUCCGGAUCUUCCACGGCGUCAGAGCAGGCAGGGAAAGAUAUUGCGAUCAGAAUCCCGAAUCGACCAACGGGAAAAGACGGGAAAGCAUUAGAACAUUUUAUUUGUCCGUAUUGCUCCACGGCUCAAAUCAUCAUUGAUGAGCGUCAAUGGAAGAAGCAUGUCUUAUCUGAUCUACAGCCGUACAUCUGCACAUACCCUGAAUGCCAGCUGAACGAAUAUCUUUUUGAAACUGUGGAUGACUGGUUCAAUCACGAGUCAAGAACGCAUCGUGUCGAGUGGUUCUGUAACACGGAAUCGCACGAGUCCUUCUGCGAGAUGUCGGACUUUUUGGAUCACAUGCACACAAUCCACUCUGAGCCCCUCAGUGAAACACAGCUCCAGAACUUACAUCACGGCUUCCAGAGACCAUCGCGUGCAGCCUCCGGUACCUGUACUUUAUGUGGUAAAUAUGCGAAUAAGCUGAAAUCGCAUCUUUCACGACAUCUCCAGCAGAUCUCUUUAUUCGCGAUACCUCAGACCGACUAUAUGGCUCAUUGGGAAGAAGCGGAUACUUCUUCGAAUGCUGCGCGGCAAAGCGCUCCGGAAUCCUCUGGUUCACACUCCACGAACAAACAUUCGGAAUCGUCUUCGGAUGCAUCAAGUCUCAAUUUCAGCGAGGAAAACCACAAUACUGGGAAUGAGCGCAGCCCACAAGAUGGUGAACGACACGAAGACAUGGCGCCAGACAUGUCUGAGCAUGGUGAAGAGAACGUAGAUACUUCGUGGGAUCAGAUUGCGCCAAAGUUCAAGGAAGCCCGAACUGCGAUGCGCAAAGCGAGAGAAGCAGAAGCCCUUGCAGAGCCACCUUUGCCCCUUGCUAAAAAAGUCUUGGCCGGGCGCGACUCACUUGAGCUUCUCCGAGAGCGUAUGAUAUUGUACGAAGCAGAAAGACCAGAAAGACCACAACAGACAGAAGUUAUCGUCCCCCAAAGCCCCAAGUCUGUAACUUUCACGAGCGAAAAACAACAGCGACAUGGCUCUUCUACUUCAUUAGUCGGGCAGCUACAUGAAGAGACAGAACCGUCGUUACAGAAGGCAUCUGAUGGCUGGAGCUCUUUCGAUGGAAAGCAGGAGAGUGCUACAGUCUCGCCUCCAAGUGCCACAAAUGUGGAGUUUGAGAACCGCUUUUCCCCUUGGAAUCUUUCAAAUACAUCAGGACUGCUCUCAGGUACUAUCGACACUCCCGGUCGAACAUCAGAACUGGCCGAGGAUCCUCGAGUAAUAGUGAGCGACGCAGGGGAUCAACAACUAUUACGACACGUACGAAGACCGACUGCAACAUUCAAUAUCGGCCACGACCCUGAAGACUCCGAAGAAGCCGCGGCAGAGAGACUGUACACUACAGGGAGGCCUUAUACCAGCUCCCUCACCAUCCCGACCGAAAACAAGGUCUGGGCGGAUAAGUAUUCUCGAGAUGUAGUGAGCGAUGCGGGGCAUCAACAACAAUUGGUUCAGGAUCCUCGAAGUGUAGUGAGCGACGCGGGAGAACAGCGACAGUUGCAAUAUUCAACGACUGGAGUCAAUACCAGAGAAGAGGCAGGCAGGAGGCCAUAUACUAGCCUCCUCGGCCCCCCAGCCGAAUUCACAACCUUGGGUACCCCGACUUACUCCAAAGCUGACCACAUCGAUGAGGAUAUUCAAGAAGCUCGGUCAUUUCCUCUAGGUCGAUCGCCAGUGGCCGUUAGUGUGGAUUGUUCGCCUAGCGACUUUCGAAGGCGAGCGCGAAGGAAUACUGAAAGUAACACUGGAGAGCAACAACAACAACAACUACAAUCACCAACACCAGAAAUCGACACUGGAGAAGAGGCACCCAAAAAAGACUCCGAGGCCAAAUUUGAAGCCGACUCUGAGGAAGAGGCAGCACAUAGGCCCAUUAUUUCCACAUGCCAUUAA